UCGCAUUAUUGGAUAGUGGAACAUCUUUAAAGCAUCGCCGGGUCCACUUUUUAUGUGCGUGCCAUCAUGGUUCUGGAAUUGGCCUUCCUUACACUUCUGGCGAUAAGUGCCACCACAGCCAUUUCCAUCAACACCAUCAAAUACCCAAAUGCUCUCUAUCCAGCUAGUUUAUCCCGAGGAGGAUUCCGAAAUGAAUGUCCAUAUCUUUCGAAACGAAUUGAUUUCUGUGUACCAAAAUACGAGGAUUGCUUUGGACAAUUGAGAUCUGUUGAGGACUGCAAAUUGGAUUACUGCACUUGUAUACACGUCAGUGAAGCUACCGAAACUUGCCAGAAACAUUUUGGAGACUCUUGUCAGUCGGUGCGAACGAAAGGAGAAGUAUACCGAAAGACGAUCGCCGAAAAUCGAACGAAAACAGUUGUGAAUAAACUAGAAGCAAUUUUUAUGAAACUCUCAGAUGCGUUUUCUAGUCUGUUAAAAAAUUGUGGCGUGGUGUCAGAAAUGGAAGAAAAACUACAUCAAGCUGUCAGCCAACUUGACACUCAGAAUCCACUUUUGAACUUGACUCUUAAGUACUUAAUUCUUCGUAAUCUCGAGUCUCAAAUGCUCAACUCUACAACAUGCCAAAAUUCGAAGACGUCAUUCCAAGAAACUCUGGUUAAACUAGACAGUAUGAAUGCCCAACGACUGCACAUACCAUAUCCAUUCUGGUACAUUGGAACUGAAUUUGGACCAAUAGGAAAAGUGAUCAUGAGGUCAUUGGCGUAUGAAACUUGUGAUAAAGCGUCUUUGGAUUUCAAUCAUCAUAGUGUUGUACGUGUCAACUGCUACGACCAACAAAAAGAUCAAAAGGACUGUGAUGAAGCAUACAGCGAAGGAAACUAUAUGACACUGGGAACAAUGGAUUCAAAAAAACUGGUUUGCAAGAUGUUCGUUGAUUUUAAUGAAAACUUAAAAUCACUGAGAGCUGAGGAUUUCUAUAAGGAAGCUGCAGAACAUCACAAAGUUUCUUCGACUACAAGUAUAAGGGGUCGAUUCAAUGAGGGAUUUACAUCAUUUGUUGAUGGAUCGAUGACUAGAAGAGAUACAAAAAAUGAUUUUCUUGUUUUGGAAGCAUCUGAAAAAUUGCCUCUUCGCCUUCUUGACUACUUUGAUAGUGUUUCUUCGGAAUGUGGCGCAUCGAAAAGAUCUGCAGGUGUUGUUGCUUCAUGUGGGUUCAUGUUCGAAUAUUGCAUUCAAUUUUUUGGAAGAGACUGUCAAACUCGUUUGUCAACUUGUCUGAAUGAUAUUAACGAGAUGGAUUAUACUUGUGAAGAUGCAAUCAGAAAUAUUGUCAAAGUUCUGUAUCCGGAUACAAAUGCAACAUCAAAGUUGGAAAAAUAUUCUUCAACUGUUGAAGUUGCCGAGACUGGGUUCAUUCAAACAAUUGGUGCAAUUGGUGCAAUUGUCAUUGGAAUUAUUUUUUUUGUUUUGAUUACAGCUGUUUUCCUGAUGAAAUUUGAGAAACGUUCUUGCAAACGUAAUUCCGGACCCAGUGAGCCACCACAUCAAGGUGAUGGAAAUAGACUUCUUCCUGCUGAUAACUCUCCUCUUCAUCAGCAAUUGGUUGUCAUCAACUCAAUAAGUUCUAGCUACACGGAUCUCAAUAAUAGCAACGAAAAAAAUGUUGAAAAAAUAUUAAACAACCAAGCUGAACAGCAAGAAGAACUCAAACACUACACCUAAUUUACCGACAUUCCUAAUACGAAAAACCUGUAAAUCUGAGAUCCUUGGCGUAAUCUCUCGAAAAACCGAGAGUUGAAAAUGAUCUCAAUGCAAUUACGGAUCAAUGAAUUUUGUAUCACGUUACUAUUUAGCAAACUGGGAAAACUUUCUUGAAUCUUCAGUAGGAAUAGAAGUGAAGUUAGUAAAUAAAUAGUAUAGAUUGUAUGAAAAAUUUCACCAUCCUAGAUUUCUUUAGGAACUUCUUAAUUUGAAGCACUAUGCAAUUUUUUUGGAAAAGAAAAUCGAGAAAUUUGAAAAUCAUUACGUUGGCUCAAAUAUAAUAUCAGAAAAAAUCAAAAAGUAUCAAAAUUGUCAAUAAUUAGGAUUUUUUAUGAGAACAUUGUUAUUGUAAAUUUAAUUGCCCGAACCUUGAACAGUUUCUAAAACUAAUACCUUUUUUAAUAGUUCAAUAAUUUUUUUUCUUGCCAAGAAACGUUUCUCCAGUUUGAUUUUUCUCUUAUUUUUUACAAAAAACUGUUUACAUGUUCAUAUUCAUUUUUUAAUUUUAAUUGACUUUUAUUUCUUUUUCUUCUAUUUUCUGUUGUUUCAAAACUGUUGUACUAUUGUACUUAAUUGUUAGAACCUUACAUUUAUCAAACCCGAAAUCUCAUAAUACACCUCGAACAUACUCAAGCAUGACAUCCGGUUUCCUUAUUCUUACAAUAUUUGUCUAUAAAUCACGGUUGGAGCCAGAUAAAUUGUGUCCGUUUGGCACAAUCAUCUGAAACCAUAUAAGACUAUGAAAGUUGUUGCCAGUUCAUUAUUUGUACAAAUAAAUAUUCUCCAAAC